GGAACCCCACUGUUCCUUAGGGACUCAGGCAGCCAGGUGUUGUGCUUUGGGGCCAUGGGGUGGUGGUGUGCACCCAUGAUGCUGCUGUUGGUCCUCUGGCUCCCUCGAAACCCAGGCAUACGGGCAGGAGGACUUGGCUUGUGGUGGUGGGUGGCCUUGGUGUCCUGGCUCCCUGGCGUGCACCCCUGCCUGUUCUGCUUUUUGGCUCCCACCGAUCAGAGACAGCUGUGCCGUUACAUGACUGAGACCAGUGCCAAAGAGACCCAACAUCAACUCUGCCUUGAAGCCCUUGUUGAGGCUGCUGAACCACUUGCCUCUGUCAUUGUGGGUGCGUCAUGGGACCCCAGGGACGCCCAACCCAACGGGGACUCCAACCAAGGGGAGGAGCAGCAUAUGGCACUUCAGAAGAUCAUCAUGGACGCUGUGGAUUUUGUGAAGAAGCAGAAGGGCAAGAAGCCCUUUCGGGUGUCUCUGAAGGCAGCCAUCAAGAAAAUCUGGGUGAAGCUGAGCAAGAUGGAGGAAGCUCCAGCCUGCAUCCCCCCCUGUGGAAAUCAGAAAGCUGCCCGCGUCUUCCAAUGUGCUACCUGCCACAUCAUGCACUGCCCGUUUCCCCUGGACUGCCCAGUGCAGGAGGUGUGGGCCCGCGCAGAUGAAGUCGUCACACUGCACUGUGACGUGCCCUUUGCUAUCCCCCCGAACUGGUCCAUUACCUGGAUGUUUGCCAAGGAUAUGCGCACACAGGAUCUGACACUGUUUGAGGAGCUGCAGACGAGUGAAGAGGGACCUCUGAGUCUGACCCUCUGGGGCCCCGUUCAGGGAACCUUCGCCUGUCGCCUGGCAGACCUUUUUGAACCCUUCAUCCGCAAGUACUUCUACCUCAAUGUAUCAGGGCAAAAUGUGGAGGCAGAGCGGGGACUCCAGGCUCGGCUCAGAGUUGUGCUGCGCUGGCCCCAUGACAUGGCCCCCCUGCACCCCAUGGCGUGGCUGGGGCUGGGGCUGGCACUUGGCUCCAUGACACUCGUGAUGCUACUGGGAGCCAUAUGGCAGUGUUGGAGCUUCUCCAGACCUCGCUGACCCCUGGACAUCCCACAGACCUGGACAACUGUCUCCUCCAGGGGAUUCCAGAUGCCUAGACUCACCCUGGGGGAGCUUGACAUUUGGAUCCAUCCCUGAGGACCAAUUGGUUUUUUGCAAUUGCUUUUCUUGCAUUGGGGGUGGCAUGUGCAAAUGAGAACAGUAAAAAGAGAACCACUGAGCUCUAAAAAUCUGGAUUAUGAUGGAAGAUCAAAGGAUGUUGGGCUUACAUACAG